AUGAGUUCACCAUUCCCUAAAACUGUCGAUAAAGUUAAAGGUGUUGAAAUUUUAGCACCAAUUCCUGAUAACGCUAAGCAUAUUUUCAACAUCGAAGCUUUAGGAUUAAUUGCAACCUUACAUAGAAACUUCAAUGGUAAAAGAAAAGAAUUAUUAGCUAACAGAAAGAAACAACAACAAUUAAGAGAUUCAGGUAAAUUACCAGAUUUCUUACCAGAAACCGAAUACAUCAGAAAUGACCAAACUUGGACCGGUCCUCCAUUAGCUAAAGGUUUAGAAGACAGAAGAGUCGAAAUUACUGGUCCAACUGAUAGAAAAAUGGUUAUCAAUGCUUUGAAUUCCGGUGUCGCUACUUAUAUGGCCGAUUUUGAAGAUUCUUUAACUCCAGCUUGGAAGAACUUGGUUGAUGGUCAAGUCAAUUUGUACGAUGGUGUUAGAAAGAAUUUAACUUUCGAACAAGGUUCAAAAAAAUACAAAUUAAACUUGGACCCUGGUAGACAUAUUCCUACUUUAAUUGUCAGACCAAGAGGGUGGCAUUUAUUGGAAAAGCAUUUAUUAGUUGACGGUGAACCAGUUUCUGGUGGUAUCUUUGAUUUUGCCUUAUACUUUUAUAACAAUGCUUUUGAAACUAUCAAACAAGGAUUCGGUCCAUACUUUUAUUUACCAAAGAUGGAACAUCACUUAGAAGCUAAAUUAUGGAACGACAUUUUCUGUUUCUCCCAAGAUUACAUUGGUAUGAGAAGAGGAACCAUCAGAGGUUCAGUUUUGAUUGAAACUUUACCAGCUGCUUUCCAAAUGGAUGAAAUUAUUUACCAAUUAAGACAACAUAUUGGUGGUUUAAAUUGUGGUAGAUGGGAUUAUAUCUUCUCCUACAUCAAAUCAUUAAGAAAUCAUCCAGAAUUUAUCUUACCAGAUAGAUCUCAAGUUACUAUGUCUGCUCCAUUUAUGUCAUCAUACGUUAAAUUAUUAGUUAACACUUGUCAUAAAAGACAAGUCCAUGCCUUAGGUGGUAUGGCUGCUCAAAUUCCAAUCAAGGAUGACGAAGCUAGAAAUAAAGCCGCAUUGGAAAAUGUUGCAAAGGAUAAAUUGAGAGAAGUCAAUGCUGGUUGUGAUUCUUGUUGGGUCGCUCAUCCUGCUUUAGUUCCUGUUGUGUUGAAAGUUUUCAAUGAACACAUGAAAGGUCCAAAUCAAAUCAAUGUUCCUCCAAAAGUUCCAUAUACUCCAGUUACUGCUAGAGAUUUAUUAUCUCCAUAUGUUCCAGAUGCUAAAAUUACUGAACAAGGUAUCAGAGCCAAUUGUAUUAUUGGUUUAUCAUAUAUCGAAGCUUGGUUAAGAAACAUUGGUUGUGUUCCAAUUAACUAUUUGAUGGAAGAUGCCGCCACUGCUGAAGUUUCAAGAACUCAAUUAUGGCAAUGGGUUACACAUGGUGCUAAAACCGACAAAGGUGAAGUAAUCACUAAAGCCUAUGUAUCUAAAUUAUUAUCUGAAGAGUUUUCUAAAUUAGAAAAAGCUGCUAAACCAGGUAAUAAAUUCAAACAAGCUUUAGACUAUUUCAAACCUGAAGGUUUAGGUGAAAAGUACUCCGAUUUUGUAACUACUUUAAUUUAUGAUGAUAUUACUACCAUCGGUAGAUCAAUUAAUGCUGAAAAAUUAUAG